CUUAUCCGGCAAGUUUUUCGCCGACGGCGAUGGAUUUCCCGGUGCAAUGGAGGGGACGGCGAGGCUUGGAUCAAGUGGAGGAAAGAAGAAGCAGAGAGAAGGAGAAAAGAGGGAAGAAGAAUAAGAAUGGCAGAGAUUGUGGCGUAAUCUUUCUCUUUCUCCAUGAAAUGUGCUGAUUAGAUCCAUCCGACUGUUUUGCUUAGAUUUGGGAGCUGCAAAUACCCUGCCCUUGCCCAUUGAGUUUUGGUGUUGGUAAAAUGUACCAACUAAAGAUCCUGUAGCUUUCGCUAUCUUGGAAGAUUUUGCGGAUUCUGGGGGUGUUGAGCACAGUCAAUUUGAUGGACUUUUGAGUUGGAAAUUAAAUACUGCAGCUUUGUCUUCUUCAAGCUUCUCGGGGCAGUCUGUCAUCAUCUCCAUCUACGUUACAUGGACAGAUGGACUCUUCUAAGUGUUUCGAGUACCCUUGUUGGAUACUUGAACUCUAAUAGGGAUAUGGAAUGCGUGUUCGGCGUAUUUAGUUGGACAUUAACCUAGCAAGCAUGUUUCGUACUUUGAAUUUACCUUAAACUUCUAAGUGUUUUGGGUACCCUUGUUGGAGACUUGAACUCUGAUAAGGAUAUGGAAUGUGUGUGUGGCGUGUUUAGUUGGACAUUAACCUAGCAAGCAUGUUCUGUACUUUGAAUUUACCUUAAACUAUGUAUAACUCUCAGACUAUGCUAAGGCACCUUAUCAACACCAUUUAGCCUGGAAAAUAAUUAGAAAAUACUGAGAAAUUUGAGUCCUUUAGCUUGUACCCGUGUCCUUGGGAUGGAAUUUCGAUGAAUCCAGCACUUCCCAAACAUACAGGCACCCGACACCUGCAUCUGAGUGCAUGUAACACAUAUCCGUAUGUUAGAUUCUCUCUCUCUCUCUCUCUCUCUCUCUCUCUCUCUCUCUCUCUCAUGUUGCUUCUUUCAGUUCUUUAGAAAGUAGUUCUAGAUGGGUACUCUGAUUUUUUGUUUUGAAUGACUGCUGACAAAAAUAUACUUGGCUGAAUCUAAUGUUCUCCUUUCUAUUUUGUAAAAGCACCAUAGAAACCAUGACUUCAUUGUCAAAGCAUGUCAACACUGGAGAUGGAGAAGAUAGAAUAAGCAGCUUGCCAGAUUCACUUCUUAUCCACAUUCUCUCGUUGAUUCCAACCAAAUAUGCGGUCAGAACCAGCAUUCUAUCGUUAAGAUGGAAGGAUUUGUGGGCUUUUGUCCCGAGUCUUGACUUUAAUGAAUGGUUGAGUGCAAAGAUCGUUCCUGAUAAUGACUUAAGUUUCAUGAAUUUUGUUGAUCGUGUACUUCUCCUCCACAAAUUGCCAUCUAUAGAAAAAAUUGCUGUCAGAGGUCAUUCAGGAAUUGCAGUAUCUCGUUUGCGUGAGUGGAUAAGAGUUGCCAUUAUGCGCCACAUUCAAGCGAUUGAUAUUCAAAUGUUUGCAGAUUGCCCUCUUAGCUUGCCCUCGGAACUCUUCACUUGCAAGACACUGAUACAGUUAAGCCUUGGAAAAGAACUUGAGUUUGAUACGCCCUUAAGCUCUGUUUGGUUGCCAAAUCUCAAGGACCUUGAUGUUUCACUUGAUUAUCCGGGCAAUGACAUAACACAGAAGCUCUUUAGUAACUGCCCCAUGCUUGAGGAUUUGUACAUUAGAGCCAACAUGGAGAAUGAGAAAGAUAUUGUUCUUAAUGUAUGUGCACGUGCUUUGAAGACGUUAGAGUUAAAAUUGGUUGCAUUUCUGGAUUUCGAGCAGUUAGAUUGGGGGCUUGUGCUCUCUAGAAACAAGAUUAUCAUUAAUGCACCGGUUCUUGAAGACCUGAUUGUUUUUGAUGACUAUUUGCCUUGUUAUUCUCUGGAGAACCUAUCCUCCUUAGUUUCAGCUUAUAUAAAUGUUGGACACUGGUGUAUGCCAGUUGUUGGAAUGAAGGUACAUGGUAAUCAACUAUUCAAGAUUCUGGAAGGAAUCACAAAUGUCAAGUUUCUUACUCUACAUACAGCAACUAUGGGGGUUCUGGACUAUGCUGAUGAUAUUAAGCUGCCUCUUUUCCGGAAUUUGAUCCAUUUGGAGCUCAUUGUUCCCGGUGAUUUUUCUUGGAGACGGCUACCAGACUUGCUCUGUAGCGCUCCUAAUCUAGGUACUCUGGUAAUGUGGAAGGAUCUUCCAAAUGAAGAAGGUGAUUAUUACUGUGACUUCAGCUGGGUUGAACCACAAAAGGCGCCAAGUUGUUUAUUGUCACACCUUGAAAACUUAACAAUUAUGCGAUUUGAUGGAGAAGACCAUGAGCUGGAGCUGCUAAAGUAUUUUCUGGAAAAUGGCAAAGUGUUGAAAAAGGUGCUAAUUGGUUGUUGCCAUUUAACUCCUGAGCAAAAAACUAACUUCCUCGAGAAGGCAGGACAGUUCCAGAGGGUUUCAAAAACUUGCCAAAUUGAACACAGCGAUUCGCCAGAUGGUUUUGAGAUGUUGUGAUCUGUGUACUUCGAAUAUGUUUCCGCACUUUCUAUGUUUCAAGACGAUUCGUGAACACAAAUUUCAUUUUCUUCUUGGAUUGAGACUUUGUUGUACACAAAUUCUUUUGUCAUUUUCUUCUUGGAUUGAGACUUUAUUCUACACAUAUGCAAAAGUUGGUUGACUCAUCUACUUCACUGACUGGAAUUUACAAGUUAUGAACAAAUAUUUUCUAGCCUGAAUUAGAUACUCCUAUGAUGUUUCAGCUGA